AUGCAUUUAAGAUCUCACACAGGUGAGAAGCCGCAUCCCUGCUCUGAGUGCGGGAAAUGUUUUGUAAAAAAAUCACAGCUUGUCAGACAUCACAUAACCCACACGGGUGAGAAGCCUCAUUCCUGCCCUGAGUGCGGGAAAUGUUUUUCAUUGAAGUCACAUCUUUACAGACAUCAGAGAUUGCACACAGGUGAGAAGCCUCAUUCCUGUCCUGAGUGCGGGAAAUGUUUUUCAUUGAAGUCAAGUCUUUACAGACAUCAAAGUUUGCACACGGGGGAGAAGCCGUAUUCCUGUCCUGAGUGUGGGAAAUGCUUUGCAAGGAAUUCACAUCUUUACAGACACCAGAGAUCGCACACGGGUGAGAAGCUGUAUUCCUGUCCUGAGUGCGGGAAAUGUUUUUCAGAGAAGUCCAGUCUUGAAAGACAUCAGAGACUGCACACAGGGGAGAAGCCACUUUCUUGUCCUGAGUGUGGAAAAUGUUUUUCAGAAAAGUCCAGUCUUUAUGAGCAUCAGAGUUCCCACACAGGUGAGAAGCCUUAUUCCUGUUGUGAGUGCGGGAAAUGUUUUUCAAACAGGUCCAGUCUUUACAGACAUCAGAAGUCUCACACGGGUGAGAAGCCGUAUUCCUGUCGUGAGUGCGGGACGUGUUUUACACGAAAAUCAGAACUUGCCAGACAUCAGAGACUGCACACGGGGGAGAAGCCGUAUUCCUGUCCUGAGUGCGGAAAAUGUUUUUCAAGGAAGUCCAAUCUUUACAUACAUCAGAGAUCGCACACGGGGGAAAAACCGUAUUCCUGUCCUGAGUGCGGGAAAUGUUUUUCACUAAAGUCCAAUCUUCACAGACAUCAGCAAUCGCACACUGGUGAGAAGCUGUAUUCCUGUCUUGAGUGCGGGAAAUGUUUUGCACAGAAAUCCAAUCUUUACACACAUCAAAGACUGCACACGGGGAAGAAACCUUACGCCUGUCCUGAGUGCGGGAAAUGUUUUUCAGAGAAGUCACAUCUUUGCAGACAUCAGAGGCUGCACACGGGGGAGAAGCCUUUUUCCUGUUCCGAAUGUGAUCAUAUGACUCACACAGGUGAGAAGCCACAUUUUUGUCCUGAGUGCGGAAAAUGUUUCUCAUUGAAGUCACAUCUUCAUAGACAUCAGAGAUUGCAUACAGGUGAGAAGCCACAUUCCUGUCCUGAGUGCGGGAAAUGUUUCUCAAUGAAGUCACAUCUUCAUAGACAUCAGAGAUUGCACACAGGUGAGAAGCCAUAUUUCUGUGAUGAGUGCGGAAAAUGUUUUUCAUAUAGUUCCAGUUUCCACAGACAUAAGAAAUUGCACACAGUGGAGAAGCCGCAUUCCUGUCAUGAGUGUGGGAAAUGUUUUGCACAAAAAUCACAUCUUGUCAAACAUCAGAGGUCUCAUACGGGAGAAAAGCCGUACUCCUGUCCUGAGUGUGGGAAUUGUUUUUCAGAUAAGUCACAUCUUUGCAGACAUCUGAAAAUGCACACAGGUGAGCAGCCGUAUUCCUGUUCUGAGUGCGGGAAAUGUUUUGUAGAAAAAUCACAACUUUUAGCACAUCAAAGGUCUCACAUAGCAGAAAAACCAUAUUUGUGUCCUGAGUGCGGGAAAUGUUUUGCACAAAAAUCAGAACUUGUCAAACAUCAGAGGUCUCACACAGGGGAAAAGCCUUAUUUCUGUCCUGAGUGCGGGAAAUGUUUCUCACAAAAGUCCAAUCUUCACAGACAUCAGAGAUCACACACUGGUGAGAAGCCGUAUUCUUGUCCUGAGUGCGGGAAAUGUUUUCCACGGAAGUCGCAUCUUUAUACGCAUCAGAGAUUACACACGGGGGAGAAAACUUAUUCCUGUUCUGAGUGCGGGAAAUGUUUUUUAAGGAAGUCCAAUCUUUCUGAUCAUCAAAAAUCUCACACAGGGGAGAGGCCAUAUUUAUGUCCUGAGUGCGGGAAAUGUUUUUCAAGGAAGUUUAAUCUAUACACACAUCAAAGAACGCACACGGGGGAGAAGCUACUUUCCUGUUCUAAGUGCGGGAAAGGUUUUUCAUCGAAGUCCAAUCUUUGCAGACAUCAGCGGUCUCACACGGGGGAGAAGCCACAUUCCUGUCUUGAGUGCGGGAAAGGUUUUUCAGUUAAGUCACAGCUUUCCUUACAUCAGAAAGUGCACAUGGGUGAGAAACCAUAUUCCUGUCCUGAGUGCGGGAAAUGUUUUGUACAAAAAUCAGAACUUGUCAAACAUCAGAGGUCUCACACAGGGGAAAAGCCAUAUUCCUGCCCUGAGUGCGGGAAAUGUUUUUCACAAAACUCCAAUCUUCAUAGACAUCAGAGAUCUCACACGGGGGAGAAGCCGUAUCCCUGUCCUGAGUGCGGGAAAUAUUAUUCACAGAAAUCAGAACUUGAAGCACAUCAGAGAUCUCACACGGGGGUAAAGCCGUAUUCCUGUCCUGUGUGCGGGAAAGGAUUUACACGCAAGUCCCAUCUUUACACGCAUCAAAGACUGCACACGGGUGACAAGCUGUAUACCUGCUCUGAGUGCGGGAAAGGUUUUUUAAGUCUGUCCCAUCUUAACCUACAUCAGAGAUUACACACGGGUGAGAAACCCUAUCCCUGCCCUGAGUGCGGGAAAUGUUUUUCACAGAAACCCCAUCUUGACAGACAUCUUAGAUCUCACACGGGGGAGAAGCCGCAUUCCUGCCCUGAGUGUGGAAAAUGUUUUUCAGAGAAAUCCAACCUAGCUGCACAUCAGUUAUCCCACACGGGGGAAAAGAGGUUUUCCUGCCCCGAGUGCGGGAAAUGUUUUUCACGGAAAUCAGAACUUGUCAGACAUCAAAAGUCUCACACGGGGGAGAUUUCAUAUUGCUGCUCGGAGUGCGGGAAAGGUUAUUUAAAGAAAUCAGAAUUUAUUAUACAUCAGAGAUCUCAUACGGGGGAGAAGCCGUAUUCGUGCCCUGAGUGCGGGAAAUGUUAUACAAAGAAAUCAGAACUUGUCAGACAUCAAAUAUCUCACACAAUAGUAAAGCCGUAUUCCUGUACUGAGUGCGGGAAAGGUUUUUCAGAGAAGUACAGUCUUUCCAGACAUCAGAGGAUUCACACGGGCGAGAAGAUGUACUCCUGCCCUGAGUGCGGGAAAUGUUUUUCAAGGAAGUCUUAUCUUUCUGAACAUAAGAGAUGUCACACGGGGGAGAAGCCGUAUUCUUGCCCCGAGUGCAGGAAAUGUUUUGCGCAGAAGGCCCAUCUUAACACACAUCAGAGAUCACACACGGGGGAGAAGCCGUUUUCUUGUCCUGAGUGCGGGAAACGUUUUGCAGACAAGUCCAGUUUUCACAGACAUCGGAGGUCUCACACGGGUGAGAAGCCACAUUGCUGCCUUGAGUGCGGGAAACGUUUUUCACAGAAGUACAAUCUUUCUGAACAUCAGAGAUCUCACAGAGGGGAGAAGCUGUAUUUCUGCCAUGACUGUGGGAAAUGUUUUGCACGCAAGGCCCAACUUUCCAUUCAUCAAAGAUCGCACACAACCUUCAAGGUGUGUUAG